AUGUCGUCGUCGGGUGAUGCUCUCGAUCUGCUUGCCAGCAGUGGCAAGGGAAAGAGUACCCGGGCCCUGCUACGGGUUGUCAUUCUCUGCUUGAUCGCUGGCGCCGCAAUUGCUAGUCGAUUGUUCUCGGUGAUUCGGUUCGAAUCGAUUAUCCACGAAUUCGAUCCCUGGUUCAACUUCAGGGCUACAAAGCAUCUGGUGGCACAUGGUUUCUAUGACUUCUGGAAUUGGUUCGAUGAUCGAACAUGGCACCCUCUUGGUCGAGUUACCGGAGGCACUCUCUACCCAGGCUUGAUGGUCACCAGCGGUGUCAUCUACCACCUCCUGCGAUUCCUCACCGUCCCUGUCGACAUUCGAAACAUCUGCGUCCUCCUCGCACCUGUCUUCUCAGGUCUGACUGCCGUCUCAUCCUACCUCCUGACCAAUGAGAUGACCCCGAACAAAACGGCUGGUCUAUUGGCCGCAAUUUUUAUGGGCAUUGCGCCAGGCUACAUCUCCAGAUCCGUUGCCGGAAGUUAUGAUAACGAGGCCAUCUCCAUCUUUCUGCUCGUCUUCACCUUCUACCUCUGGAUCAAGGCGCUGAAGCAGGGGUCUAUGAUGUGGGGUGCUCUAUGCGCUCUAUUCUACGACUACAUGGUUGCCUCAUGGGGUGGAUAUGCCUUCAUCACAUGCCUCCUCCCUGUCCAUGCCCUUACUCUCCUCUUGAUGGGUAGGUAUAGCACUAGGCUGUAUAUUGCCUAUACCACAUGGUAUGUGCUCGGUGCCUUGGGAGCCAUGCAGAUCCCCUUUGUCAGCUUUCUCGUUGUAAGGACUAGCGAGCAUAUGCCUUCACUUGGAAUGUUCGGCUUGCUUCAACUGGUGGCCUUCAUGAACUAUGUCAAGUCCACCGUUUCGGAACGCCAGUUCUCAAAGCUACUGUGGGGCUUGGGUGCCAGUGUCUUGGUUGGUGGUAUUGGAGGUCUCUUCCUCCUGACAAAGCUGGGAUACAUCGCACCAUGGACGGGCCGUUUCUAUUCCCUCUGGGACACUGGCUAUGCCAAAAUUCACAUUCCCAUCAUUGCAUCAGUCUCCGAGCAUCAACCCACAGCCUGGCCAGCAUUCUUCUUCGAUCUCAACAUGCUCAUCUGGCUCUUCCCAGCCGGUGUGUAUCUAUGCUUUGAGAAGCUUGAGGAUGAACAUGUUUUCAUCGUCAUCUAUGGUCUGUGCGCCAGCUACUUCGCCGGCGUCAUGGUCCGACUGAUGCUGACCUUGACACCUGUGGUCUGUGUGGCAGCGGCACUUGCGGCAUCAUCCAUGCUGGGAAGCUUCUUGAGCAUCAAAUCGCCAGUUCCCGAGGCUACCACUGCUCCCGGAAGCGAUGGUUCUGCGAAGAAGGGCUCCAAGGAUACCAACCUUCGGGUGUCCAACCAGCCCGUCGUCGGCAUUUACAGUCUUGUCUCGAAGGGCGUCAUCACUACUGCCAUGACUGUCUAUCUCCUGCUCUUCGUUAUGCACUGCACUUGGGUUACCUCGAAUGCCUACUCGUCGCCAUCCGUCGUCCUGGCAAGCAGGAUGCCAGACGGCAGCCAGCACAUCAUUGAUGACUACCGUGAGGCCUAUCAGUGGCUCCGUCAAAACACUCACGAGAACGCAAAGAUCAUGUCUUGGUGGGAUUAUGGCUACCAAAUCGGCGGCAUGGCUGACCGGCCCACUCUUGUCGACAACAACACAUGGAACAACACCCACAUAGCCACUGUUGGCAAGGCCAUGAGCUCGCGAGAGGAAGUCAGCUACCCCAUCAUGCGCCAACAUGAGGUAGACUACGUUCUGGUCGUGUUCGGAGGUCUCUUGGGCUACUCCGGAGACGAUAUCAACAAGUUCCUCUGGAUGGUCAGAAUUGCCGAGGGCAUUUGGCCUGAUGAGGUCAAGGAGCGAGAUUUUUUCACGGCUCGCGGCGAGUACCGUGUUGACGGCGACGCUACUGAGACGAUGAAGAACUCCCUGAUGUAUAAGAUGUCUUACUACAACUACAACUCUUUGUUCCCUCCUGGGCAGGCCCAGGACCGGGUUCGUGGUGCUCGUCUCCCAGCUGAAGGACCCGUCCUCAACACUCUUGAGGAGGCGUUCACAAGUGAGAACUGGAUUAUCCGGAUUUACAAGGUGAAGGACCUUGACAACGUUGGACGAGAUCAUGCUGCGGCAGCCUCGUUCGAGAAAGGCCAUAAGAAGAAGAAGGCGACUAAGAAGAGAGGGCCCAGAGUUCUCCGAGUAGAUUAA